UACACUUCUCCACAUAUGAUUGGCUCUUUCGGUUUGUGGUAGCCACGCUGUGCUACGCUUGAUUUGCUCUGCCACUGCACGUUCGUGCUAACCUGCUUGAAAAUAACAGUAAGUUUUAUGUUAUACUUGCAGGUAUACUGCGUAUUUGGUCUGUAAAAUCCGUCGAUAUAAGUUAAAGUAAACAGACGUUAACGACGCACAAUGCACUGCAGCCAGUGGUUUGUGUAAUUUAAUUUCAGAAGGGUUUCUGUCAUGCCGCUCAAACUGCCUAGCUUAUUGUCCCUUAUGGUUAUCUAGAAAGUUCUCUGGUUGAAACCCGUUUCCUUACACCAUGUCAAACGUUUACGGGAGGCCGUGUAGUUCUAGUGAACUGAGGAAAAUGCUAGUCCUCUGGAUGUUGAGCCUGCUGAUCGUCGUCGCCGUCAGUGAGAACUCUCAUUCAGCCUUGACAGUCCUGGAGGAUUCAGGAUCAGACAGCACCGGCCAUGAGGAGGCCCAGGUGAACGAUGAGUUUGACGAUGAGGAUCUUGAAGUGUUCCAGCCUUCAAACCAAUGGCAAACUCUCAAGCCAGGCCAGGCAGUCCCAAGGGGCUCUCAUGUCAGACUGAACCUUCAGACGGGGCAAAGGGAGGCCAAGCUGGGAGAGGAACAGCAGGCCAGAUACCUGAAGGAUGGACAGAGGGUGGUUAACACUAAGGCUCCCUCCUUUACUGCUCGGGAGCUGAAGGAAGCAUUGAAGAUGUUCAAAGAGGGGGUGGACGACCCCGCACACCCACAGAGGCGAGAGGAAGAAGAGGCACUGAAGGCCAAGUUCCGUCCCCUGGAUGAGCUGAAGAGAGACAUGGCUGAGCUGGACAUGCGUGUGGAGACAGAUGUGGACAUCAUGCGCAGGCUCAUCACCAAAUUCAACAGUUCCAAUGCCACCGUGGAGGAGAGGGUCAAAGCUCUUCUCGAUCUGGAAUACCUCGUCCACCAGGUGGACAACGCACAGAAUCUGGUGUCUAUGGGUGGAAUGAAACUGGUGAUCAACGCUUUAAACUCUUCAGACUUCGGCUUGCAAGGGAAUGCAGCUUUUGUGCUGGGCUCCGCCGUCUCCAGUAACCCGUCGGUGCAGGUGGAGGUCACAGAAGGUGGUGCCCUACUGAAGUUACUGACUCUACUUGCCACUCCUCGUCCCAUACCCGUCAAGAAAAAAGCUUUGUUUGCUGUUGCCUCGCUGUUGCGUCACUUCCCCUACGCCCAAGGCCACUUCCUGAAGCUGGGUGGAAUGCAGGUGCUGGUGGACCUGUUUCAAACGCCUGGAGGGGAGUCUCUGCGCAUAAGAAUCGUCACGCUGAUCUACGACAUGAUCGUUGAGAAGGAGUUGAUGUCACAAAGUGGCAUGGACCAAAUUCCUGACUCCACCUUUCAGGAACGCCUGCGGCAGUAUGCCCAGGUGACGCUGUUACCCGUCCUGGCAGAGCAGGGAUGGUGCCGCCUCGUGCCUGAGCUGCUGGCCUCCUCGGAGCACGAUUGGAGGGAGAAGGCACUCAGAACUCUCCUGGCCAUGAUGCCCUAUUGCCAGGAAGAGUUUCGGCAGAACCGUGCCCUGAUCUCUUCGCUGGGUGACUUGCAGAAGCAGUACCGUGAGCUGGUCCUCACGGAACAGGACCUGGGGGAGGAAGAUGGCUACUUUGGUGAAAUCCUGAUCUUACUGGAUACUGUUGCACUGAAAGUGCGGUGACUCUAAGCUGAGAAUUGGACAUCAUUGAUUUCCAUGUAAUGUCCUUAUGGCCACUGUUGCUGCUAAAAACCUCUGUUUUAGAAUGAGUGUCUUUGGUUUUCCCACAGAUUCCUAGCCAUGCUGGAGUUUGCUUUUCAUACGGCUAGUUCUACCUAUGGCAUGGCUAACACAUACAAGGCCUGUCAUCAUCAAGCACACAUUUGAUGGCCUCAGAUUGUUUAAUUGAACAGAAUUACAUACAUUUGGACUAUGA